CUUUGCGGCCCAGCUCUUGAUUGUCAGACUUCUGGCGGAGCCAAGUGGAGCAGGGAGCGGUUAUGCUGCGGGGCUGCUGCCAUCGUGUCUGGACACGUCUUUGCGACCUGCGCCGCGGUCUCUGGGCCCCCGCCAAGAACGGCCGGCGUAGCGUGGUCUCCUGCAUUGAUCCAGAGUAGCCUACAACUCCCUUAGCUCAACAUCGAGAUCUGUAAAGUAUGCUACAUGUAGGACAGUUUUCUUCUCAAUGUCCUAAAACACCUCUAUAGGCGGUCACCCUGUCCUAGCACUUAGAAUUUGCAUCCACGGGACUAAAUGAAGAGCAGAAAGAAUUUCAGAGAGUGGCCUUCAGCUUUGCUGCCCAGGAGAUGAUGCCAAACAUGGCAGAGUGGGACCAGAAGGAGCUGUUCCCAGUGGAUAUGAUGCGGAAGGCGGCCAGACUGGGCUUUGGGGGGGUUUAUGUGCGAACGGAUGUAGGAGGGUCUGGAUUGUCACGGCUCGAUACAUCUGUGAUCUUUGAAGCCUUGGCCACAGGCUGCACCAGCACCACAGCCUAUAUGAGCAUCCACAACAUGUGUGUCUGGAUAAUCGAUGCCUUUGGAAACGAGGAGCAGAGGCACAGGUUUUGCCCACCACUCUGUACCAUGGAGAAGUUUGCUUCCUACUGUCUUACUGAACCAGGGAGUGGGAGUGAUGCUGCCUCCCUCUUGACCUCUGCUGAGCGGCAAGGAGAUCACUACAUCCUCAAUGGCUCCAAGGCCUUCAUCAGUGGCGGCGGCGAAGCAGACAUCUAUGUAGUCAUGUGCCGAACUGGAGGACCUGGCCAUAAAGGCAUCUCAUGUGUAGUUGUUGAAAAGGGGACUCCUGGCCUCAGCUUUGGAAAGAAGGAGAAAAAGGUGGGGUGGAACUCACAGCCAACCAGAGCGGUGAUCUUUGAAGACUGUGCUGUCCCCGUGGCCAACAGAAUCGGGGACGAGGGCCAGGGAUUUCUCAUUGCCCUGAGAGGACUGAACGGAGGGAGGAUCAAUGUCGCGUCCUGCUCCCUGGGUGCUGCCCAUGCUUCAAUCAUCCUCACUCGAGACCACCUCAAGGUCCGGAAGCAGUUUGGAGAGCCCCUGGCCAAUAACCAGUACCUGCAGUUCAAACUGGCUGAUAUGGCGACCAAGCUGGUAGCCUCAAGGCUGAUGAUCCGCAGUGCGGCCGUGGCUCUGCAGGAGGAGCGGGAGGAUGCAGUGGCCCUGUGCUCCAUGGCCAAGCUCUUUGCUACGGAUGAAUGCUUUGAGAUCUGCAAUCAGGCUCUGCAGAUGCACGGGGGCUAUGGCUACCUAAAGGACUACGCAGUCCAGCAGUAUGUACGGGACUCCAGGGUCCACCAGAUCCUUGAAGGCAGCAACGAGGUGAUGCGGAUGCUGAUCUCAAAAAGCCUGCUUCAGGAAUAGUGCCCACCCUGAGGCCCUCGUGGGUCAGGGCUGAGUGGCUCCACAUGGAUGGUGCUGUGACAAGUGAGUCAUGGACUUCCCCAAAGGGCUGAGCUUUUCUAGAGGACCCUUCACAGCAGUCAUCUGGAAAGCAGGAAGAGCUCCCUUGGUUGGAAAUAGCACAAGACGACAUACUGCCUUGUUUUCCUGAUGCAGAAGGAUGACCUUUUGAACUCUGACCACCACAGCCUUUUCCCUGGAUCCGCCAAGUCUCGAUUUGUCUGCAUUUUGCUGGUUCACCAGGUCCCUCUUCUGGGAGUCUGGGUACUUCCGUUGAAUAUUUUUCCUAAUUGUAAAGCAAAGGUGUGGGAAACGAGAAAUGAAGAGAAAAUGUCUCCCUGUCUUUUUCUGUCCUUUGUGCCUCAACCAAAGAUGCUAGAGGUUUCUGUGGGCUGCACUUCCUCUGCAGGAACUCCUCUCAGUGUAAAUCGCAAUGAAAUCAAUGUUUGGGAACUCUUCUCCUGAGCUGUGAGUUAGGGUGUAUCUGCACUUCUAGACUAACUGAAUAUCAAGGGCUGAGAUUAUUUGGAACUGUAAUAUUUGCAGCUUUAGAAGCACAUGGUCUAGGAAUGUUUCUCAGAGUUUCUCUAAUACUUCCUGAUAAAUGCUUUGAGUAUAUAUUUUUUUUCUCUAUC